GACUGCACCCUGCAAUUGUCUCACAACGGUACCUAUCUGGAUCUAGAAUCCACCCUAGCAGAACAAAGAGAUGAAUUGGAAGGCUUCCAGGAGGAUGCUGGGAGGGGCAAGAAGCACAGUAUAAUUCUGAGGACCCAGCUGUCAGUGAGAGUCCAUGCCUGCAUUGAAAAACUUUAUAACUCCAAUGGACGGGAGCUGAGACGGGCACUUUUCUCCUUGAAACAAAUAUUUCAGGAUGACAAGGACCUGGUUCAUGAGUUUGUUGUCGCUGAAGGUCUGACUUGCUUAAUCAAAGUGGGAGCAGAGGCCGACCAGAAUUAUCAGAACUACAUCCUGAGAGCUUUGGGCCAGAUUAUGCUCUAUGUUGAUGGCAUGAAUGGCGUAAUAAAUCAUAAUGAAACCAUCCAAUGGCUGUACACGCUUAUUGGGUCAAAGUUCCGCCUGGUGGUAAAGACAGCACUGAAGCUGCUGCUGGUGUUUGUGGAGUAUACCGAAUCCAACGCACCGCUUUUAAUCCAGGCAGUAUCUACCGUUGAUGAAAAGAGAGGGUCCAAGCCGUGGUCCAACAUCAUGGAGAUCCUGGAGGAGAAGGAUGGGGUUGAUACUGAACUACUGGUUUAUGCAAUGACAUUGGUUAACAAGACGCUGUCGGGGUUGCCAGAUCAAGACUCUUUCUACGACGUGGUGGACUGUCUGGAAGAGCUAGGCAUUGAAGCUAUUUCACAGAGACACUUGAACAAGAAAGGAACAGACUUGGACUUAGUUGAGCAAUUUAACAUUUAUGAGAUGACACUGAGACAUGAGGAUGGAGAUGAGAGUGCUGACCCCCCUCCCAGUGGGCGCAAGGACCGGAGAAGGUCCAGUCUUGGUGCUAAUGAGCGAAGGGGGCUGGAGCGCCGACGGAGCCGCAGGCAUUCGGUACAGAACAUCAAAAGCACUUUAUCAGCCCCUGCAAGUCCGUGUAGUCAGUUGAACCCUAGCUUCAUGUUGGGCCACGGACAGCGUGUUGAAGAUCUCAGUGAGAGAGAGGAGGAAGACUAUGAAGAGGAGGAAGAAGAACAGCCAGUCACAGAGCCCAAUACUGAGGAUGAGGGGGAGGAAGAGGCCAGUAGGCAGGUCAAAGCCAGUGGGGUCCCAGGUGCGUGGGAGGCUGUGAAUGAAAACCUUUCAUGGUGUUCUGAUUCUUCAGCUGUCUCCAGUGCCAUUUCUCCAGCUGAGAGGCCUCUCUCCUGCUCUAGAGCAAAGACCUCUUCUAGCAGCUCCUCUUCUGUGCCUGAGUCAUCUGUCUCUCAUCAUAAUUCUGUCCUUUCGUCACCAUCUUCACCUGCAGCAGCAUUGCAAAGCUCUUCCCAAAAUUCAUCAGCAUCCAUUACUCCAAAGGCAUCUCCAACAGUGGAGAAAUUACCUUACGUACCACAUACUCCUUUUCACCUCUUCUCAUACGACUUCGAAGAGUCUCCAGUGUCUGUGAAAGAAAAGGAAGCAGAGGUGAUGAGGGAAAACAGAUACAACAGCUAUGGCAGCAGCUCUUACUCUUCUCCACGACCUUAUGCUGGUGUGAGUGCCCCUGCGACACCCACUUCUCGUUAUGGGACAACUCUGUCACCGCCUCAAGAGACCAAAUCUGACAGGCCAGCUUUGGGUGGUCUCCUUACAUCAUCUUUUCGGCAGCACCAGGAGUCCUUGGCAGCAGAAAGAGAAAGACGACGUCAAGAGAGAGAAGAGAGGUUGCAAAGGAUAGAACGUGAAGAAAGAAACAAAUUCAAAUACAAAUACUUGGAGAGGUUGGCAGCGGAGGAGUAUGAGAAGGAGCUGAAGAGUCGGAGUGUAAGCCGAGGCAGAAGUGAGCUGUCCUUGAACCUGAGAUCUCCUUCAGCCCCAUCCUCGCCUGUACCCAAGUGCGUCAGCCCGGCAUCCAUAGAGUCCCAGGAAGAGCUGAAGACCCCUUCCACUCCUUGUGGGACCCCUCAGCCCUCAGAAGUGAGUGCCAGUGAACCUGAACCAGAGACAGAGACAGAACCAGAACCAGAGCAGGAGGCUGAGGCCGAGCAGGGAACGGAGACACCCAAGGAAAUAGAGGCUACAGAGGUGGGACCAGAGAGUGAGGUGGAGCAAGGACCAGAGAGAGAGCCAGAAGAAAGUGCAAUACUCAGUGAAAAAGAGAGGCAGAAUGAGGAAGUGAAUGAAAAAGACAACUGCUCUGCAUCCAGCAUAUCCUCAGCAAGCAGCACUUUAGAGAGGGAAGAGAGAGAGGACAAGUUAACCAGUGACAAUGAAACUGGUCCAUGGUCACAGACCAUUCAGGAUGCGGGUGUGAAUGAGCAGUGCAGCAACAUCCUCAACAACAAGCGGUUUAUGCUGGACAUGUUGUAUGCGCAUAACAAAAAGUCCAAGGAUGAAGAGGAGAAGGAGCUGGAGGCGAAGGAGGAAAAGAAGGAGACGGAGGAAAGCGAGGAGUCACUCACUAGCCUAGCCAGUAGGAUCUCUAUCCUUCAGGCCACAAAGCAGGCCAAAGAUGAAAGUGUCAAAAAGAUGGAGAUCGGAAAUCUGGACAACCAAGGCAGCGUGAAAGCCUUUGCAGAAAAAUUCAACAGUGGUGAGCUGGCCAAGGGGACAGCCAUGCCUGAAGAUGAAAUCAGUGAACAGGUCCCCGAGAAAACACCAGCGCAGCCAAAGAAGGAAUCUGACUACAUCUGGGAUCAGCUCAUGGCUAAUCCUAGAGAACUUAAAAUCAAAGACAUGGAUUUUACAGACUUGGGGGAGGAGGAUGAUGUAGAUGUGUUGGACAUGGAUAUGGGUCCUGGGGACUCCCUUGUUCCCCCUCCUCCACCUCCACCUUCUUUUCUGGGUUUGCCUCCUCCACCACCUCCCCCGCUGUUUGGAUGCCCACCUCCACCUCCACCCUCUGCUAAUUUAUUGGCUCCUCCUCCACUGUUCAGCACUCCUCAGGGUUUAGGGUCACCCCAGGUUUCUAGGGGUCAGCCAGCAUUUAUAAAGAAGAAGAAAACCAUCCGUCUGUUUUGGAACGAGGUACGGCCAUUUGAGUGGCAGUGUAAAAACAACAAACGCUGCAGAGAAUUCCUGUGGUCGAAACUGGAACCCAUUAAGGUGGACACUUCCAAACUGGAGCAUCUCUUUGAGUCUAAAUCCAAGGAACUGCCUGUCACGAAGAAAACUGCUGCAGAUGGGAAGCGACAGGAGAUCAUUGUAUUAGACUCAAAACGAAGCAAUGCUAUUAAUAUUGGCUUGACUGUGUUGCCCCCUCCCCGGACUAUCAAGACUGCUAUUUUGAACUUUGACGAAUAUGCCUUAAACAAGGAAGGAAUAGAGAAAAUCCUGACCAUGAUCCCGACCGAGGAGGAGAAGCAAAAGAUCCAGGAGGCGCAGCUGGCGAACCCCGACGUCCCCCUGGGCAGCGCCGAGCAGUUCCUUCUCACCCUCUCCUCCAUCAGCGAACUCUCCGCCAGGCUCCAGCUCUGGGCUUUCAAGAUGGACUACGAGAUAGUGGAAAAGGAAGUUGCAGAACCACUUCUAGACCUGAAGGAAGGAAUGGAUCAACUGGAGCACAAUAAAACUUUGGGAUUUAUCCUUUCUACUUUACUGGCCAUUGGGAACUUUCUGAAUGGAACCAACGCCAAAGCUUUUGAGUUGAGCUACCUCGAGAAGGUUCCAGAAGUCAAGGACACGGUGCAUAAGCAGUCCCUCCUGCACCACGUCUGCACUAUGGUGGUGGAAAAGUUCCCAGACAGCACUGAUCUUUAUUCAGAGAUCGGGGCCAUCACCAGGUCAGCAAAGGUUGACUUUGAACAACUCCAGGAAAACUUGUGUCAGAUGGAAAGACGGUGUAAAGCAUCAUGGGAUCACCUUAAGGCUAUAGCAAAGCAUGAAAUGAAGCCAACUCUAAAGCAAAAAAUGUCCGAAUUCCUUAAAGACUGUGCAGAAAGAAUCAUAAUCCUGAAGAUUGUUCAUAGAAGAAUAAUUAACAGGUUUCACUCAUUUUUGUUAUUUAUGGGCCAUCCUCCCUAUGCAAUACGUGAAGUCAACAUCAAUAAGUUCUGCAAAAUUAUUAGCGAAUUUGCUCUGGAAUACCGCACCACCAGGGAACGAGUUUUGCAGCAAAAACAGAAACGAGCUAACCACAGGGAAAGAAACAAGACCAGGGGGAAAAUGAUAACAGAUUCCGGCAAGUUCUCCAGCAGCUCACCCCCCUGCCAGAGCCAGCCCCAGGGGCUGCAGUACGCCGAGGACGCUGCAGAGCACGAGAACAUGAAGGCCGUGCUGAAGACCUCCUCCGUUGGUGGGGAAAGCACCACGGCGCUCGGGGUCCGCACUCGAAGCCGGGCCAGCCGAGGCCGUAUCAGUUCAUGGAAUGCUGGCAACGACGAUUCACCUAAUGCAACAGAUGAUGCAGCAGAUGAGAUCAUGGAUCGCAUUGUAAAGUCCGCCACCCAAGUGCCAAGCCAGCGAGCGGUGCCUAGAGAGAGGAAGCGGUCACGAGCAAAUAGGAAGUCAUUGAGAAGGACACUAAAGAGCGGACUGACACCAGAAGAAGCCAAAGCACUGGGCCUCAUCAGCACCUCUGAGAUGCAGGUUUGACGUCCCAGAGGUGGCGACAAGAAGAGCCAUUCAACUGAAGCACACAGGCUGACAACCCUUCGGUGUGGCAUUGACCUGCCAGCCUCCUCUGCUGCUCCCAACAUCCAGUCCUCUAUUAGUUCGAUUCUAGUAAGCAACAAAAGCGAAACCCCACAGCCAGGGCAGAAGAAGGCUGUGCCGCAGCUCAGCGCAAUGUCCGGACAGUAACUGAGGAAGCAUUUGAGUGCUUGUAGGUGAAAGCAUAUGGCUGCUUCUUCUCUCAUGGUGUGUUGAUGUGGGUAGGAGGGGGCUCUCUCUGAGUUAUCUGUCAUGUGAGCUGUGUUUACGUUGGCUUUCCUCGUGCCCUGUUUCAGUCAUUGUAAAUGUAUGGCAUUUUGUCAAUGCAAGGAACAGUCCUUAAAGAGGCAAAAUAACUCCUGUUACAGCGACCCCAAUUUUCCUGAAGCAGAUGCAUUAAGCAAAGAUGCACAGUCUGUGCAACCCUGUGGUUUGGGUUUUUUUUUCUAUUAUUAUUUUGCCACCAAAGAAUGUAAAAAUGUAUGAGUACCUCUGUAUAUG